ACAGAUAACGAGAGGAUAUUCUCACAGCACCUUCUGAACCGCCUCCUUCCUGACCACACGUAUGCGGUGAUCUCUGGCGGUGACCCAUUGUGCAUCCCAGACCUCACGUGGGAGCAGCUUAAACAGUUCCAUGCUACGCAUUAUCACCCCAGUAAUGCCAGGUUCUUUACUUACGGUAAUUUUCCGCUAGAACAGCAUCUGGAACAAAUUCAUGAAGAGGCUCUGAGUAAAUUUCAGAAAAUUGAGCCACGCACCAGCGUGCCGCCUCAGAAGCCUUGGGAUAAGCCGAGGGAAUUUCAGAUCACCUGUGCUCCGGACUCAAUGGCCGCAAGUUCCUCUAAACAAACAACCGUCAGUGUCAGCUUCCUCUUACCAGAGAUCACUGACACAUUUGAAGCCUUCACAUUAAACCUUCUGUCUUCACUCUUGAUCGGCGGGCCCAACUCCCCCUUCUACAAAGCCUUAAUUGAAUCUGGACUCGGCACAGACUUUUCUCCUGAUGUUGGAUACAAUGGCUACACACGGGAGGCCUACUUCAGUGUGGGCCUGCAGGGGAUCGCCGAGAAGGACGUUCAGACGGUCCGAGACAUAAUCGACAGGACCAUUGACGAUGUCAUCAUGUACGUAUGA